GCUGCGUAUCUACAGUAGCUGAUAUUGUGUCGUAGUAGCUAUCAUCAGACUACAUUAGUCCAUCUUUGAGGACUUUCAGAGGGACUCCAGACAGCUUACACAGAUGUCUGCCAUGUUUUGAAAGACAUAACCUAUUUAGGAAGUUGUAAAAUGGGUAAAAAGGAUAAAGGAGACCGGGACAAGAAGUCAAAAAAGCGUGUCUAUGAGGAGGAAGAAGAUGAAGAAGAGGUCGUGGGCAGCGAGUCUCAGGAGGCCAUACCUGCUGCUGCAGGGAAACAAGUGGAAGAGUCCAGUACAAAGCUGGAUGAAUAUGGAGCCAAAGACUACCGUGUUCAGAUGAUGUUAAAGAAUGAUCACUCUUCACGCCCCCUCUGGGUGGCUCCAGAUGGACACAUCUUUCUGGAGGCCUUCUCACCAGUGUACAAGUACGCCCAGGAUUUCAUGGUGGCCAUUGCAGAGCCAGUGUGCAGGCCUAACCAUGUCCAUGAGUACAAGCUGACGGCCUAUUCCCUGUAUGCAGCUGUCAGUGUGGGGCUGCAGACCUCUGAUAUUGUGGAGUACCUGCAGAAACUCAGCAAGACAUCUGUACCUGAUGGAAUUGUGCAGUUCAUUAAGCUCUGCACAUUGAGCUAUGGCAAAGUCAAGCUGGUGCUCAAGCACAAUAGGUAUUUUGUUGAGAGUGCCUUCCCUGAUGUGAUCCAGCGCCUCCUGCAGGACAACGUGAUCCGUGACUGUCGUCUCCGCACUGCAGACGGAGCGGACACUGAGCUUAUUACCGAAGUCAUCACCAGCAAGUCAUUGAUUUCCAAGUCUAUUGAGGAAAAGGUGGGUACUUCCUCCUCACAGCAGCCUGGCGAUGGACAGACUUCAACCCAGAAGGUCCCUGAGGAUAUCUUCAGUUACUAUGAGCAGAUGGAUAAAGAAGAAGAGGAGGAGGAAGAGACUCAGACUGUGUCUUUUGAGAUCCGCCAGGAGAUGAUUGAAGAGGUGCAGAAGCGUUGUAUUACAAUGGAGUACCCCCUCCUAGCAGAGUACGACUUUCGCAAUGAUACAGUCAACCCAGACAUCAACAUAGACCUGAAGCCCACUGCUGUGUUGCGACCCUACCAGGAAAAGAGUCUGCGCAAGAUGUUUGGAAAUGGACGUGCUCGCUCUGGGGUCAUCGUGCUGCCCUGUGGAGCGGGCAAAUCUCUGGUGGGCGUGACAGCGGCGUGCACGGUGCGUAAACGCUGCCUGGUGUUGGGGAACUCCUCAGUGUCAGUGGAGCAGUGGAAGGCUCAGUUCAAGAUGUGGUCCACCAUUGAUGACUCUCAGAUCUGCCGCUUCACCUCCGACGCCAAGGACAAGCCCAUCGGCUGCUCGGUGGCCAUCAGCACCUACUCUAUGCUGGGUCACACCACCAAGCGCUCCUGGGAGGCUGAGCGAGUCAUGGAGUGGAUGCGGAGCCAGGAGUGGGGACUCAUUAUCCUGGAUGAGGUGCACACUAUCCCUGCCAAGAUGUUCCGUCGUGUUCUGACCAUUGUCCAGGCACAUUGCAAAAUGGGGCUCACUGCCACACUGGUCAGGGAAGAUGACAAGAUUGUGGACCUGAACUUCCUAAUUGGGCCUAAACUGUUUGAGGCCAACUGGAUGGAAUUGCAGAACAAUGGCUACAUUGCCAAAGUCCAGUGUGCAGAGGUGUGGUGCCCGAUGUCUCCAGAGUUUUACAGAGAGUAUGUGGCCAUCAAGACGAAGAAGCGCAUCCUGUUUUAUACAAUGAACCCCAACAAGUUCCGCGCUUGCCAGUUUCUCAUUCGCUUCCACGAGCGGCGCAACGACAAGAUUAUGGUCUUUGCUGACAACGUGUUCGCCUUGAAGGAAUACGCCAUUCGCCUCAACAAGCCUUACAUCUACGGUCCGACCUCUCAGGGGGAAAGAAUGCAGAUUCUACAGAACUUCAAACACAACCCCAAGAUCAACACCAUUUUCAUCUCCAAGGUUGGAGACACCUCAUUUGACUUGCCAGAAGCCAACGUUCUGAUCCAGAUCUCCUCUCAUGGUGGAUCACGCAGACAAGAGGCCCAGAGGCUGGGAAGAGUCUUACGAGCCAAGAAAGGAAUGGUAGCUGAGGAGUACAAUGCGUACUUCUACUCACUGGUGUCCCAAGACACCCAGGAGAUGGCAUACUCCACCAAGAGGCAGAGGUUCCUGGUGGACCAAGGCUACAGCUUUAAGGUGAUCACAAAGUUGGCAGGUAUGGAGGAAGGGGACUUAAUGUUCUCCACCAAAGAUGAGCAACAGCAGCUGCUUCAGAAAGUCCUAGCGGCUUCAGACCUGGAUGCUGAGGAGGAAGUGGUGGCAGGGGAGCUGGGCGGACGACCACAGUUCUCAAGGCGAACGGGCACCAUGAGCUCCAUGUCGGGUGCAGAUGACGCCGUCUACAUGGAAUAUCAGAGUCGAGGCAACAAAUCUCUAUUAGGCAAGAACAUUCAUCCGCUGUUCAAGCGCUUCAGGAAGUAGAUGCACUGACCCUGACACCUGAAGACUUACUCAGUUGCAACAAGACAAAGUUUGGGCGCAAUAAUGAAUACUGAGGCUAAGCACCAGGCUACCAGCAGCAGGUUCAGAUAGUCCGGCUGGUCUGGAGAACAGGGCAAUAACUGGAGAUAACCUGAACCUGAAUAUUAUCUGAAGCUCAUGACGAUGUACUGUGCGUUGCUUCCUCCUGGUAGCUGAUGGUGAUGAUGGUUGAAAUUAAUUAUACAUAUAGGUAAGAAUGCAGCAAAUGACGCCUGCAGGGCUCAGCUGCUCUGUGUGAUGAAUUUGAAAGCCUCAACUCCAGCUCCCUCAAGCACUUCACAUGCAACAAUAUUUGCAGAUUAAAUCUCUAAGUGUCAACUGCUGUUGGCUCUCACUUGGAAUUGAAAAAAACAAAAACAAAAAAACCCUGAAACAAAAGUUUAUGCAAUUCAAGCUUCCACAACGCUUGAAGACUUGGACUUGCUGUUAGCAGUAUAUUUCAACCACAAAUGUCUGCGCGUAGGGUGAGAGUGGACGGGAGUAUGACGGAUAGGUGAUGUUAGCCCUACCUUGAAUAACCUGUGUCUUAUCUACUGUUAGUGUAUGCUUCACUGACGACUUUAUCUGAGGAGGAAAACUAAGGAAGGAUGUAUGUUGGACUUGUGUCAAUUCAGUUUUUUGUAAAUGUGGCUACAUUUUACAUGUUAAAACAUCACAAAUGAAACCCACAUAAUCAGUGGACAUUAAUCUGUUCCUAAUGUUAAUUUUCAUUAAUAUGUUUCGUUCUGGAGUUUAUGUUUUUAAAAUGUUGCUAAAUAUGUUUUGUUUAAGAA